AUGGCUUCUAAACCUAGUUUAUGGGGUAUAUUUGUGUACAAACUAACUAUGUCAAAUGAAACUAAGUUCGUAUUUUCUUCAACUUUCUCUGUAUCUUCAUCUAAGAACUUGAACUUUCUAAAAUGUGUUUGGGAAACUGGAGGAAGUCAAAACAAUAAAUGGAAAAGUAAAACAUGUUCAGUGCAAAAUGAUCCUACAUUAGCAACAUUUGAUGGAUUUGGUUACUGGCCACAUCAAUCAUAUAUAAAAGAUUCUAGCCAUUACCUUUUGUAUAAUAAUACAGAAAGUUUGGCAGAGGUUCAGAUUAAAACUAAAUUAUGUGAUGCGGACAGUAGUUUUCACUCAUAUACAUCUUCAUGUACAUGCGCUGUGGCAAUUCAGGCCGGUGGUGACGUAUUUUUGAUUGAUAUAUGCAGUAAAAUAAGACGAGCGGAGUUCAUGAAUUGUCGUGGAAAUGUCCUCAAUGUAAGAGAACUCAAUGCAAGAAGUUAUGAGGUAUAUCUUCCAACUGGCACAAAAAUUAGAGUUUAUAUAAGUUCAUAUCACACAGCGAACUUUUUAAAUGUUUAUAUUAACCCAUCUCCGUCUGAUGUUGGAAAUACGGAAGGUUUGUGUGGAAAUCUUGAUGGAAAUGGAGAAAGAGUAAAUAAUACAUACUUCGAAAAAUGGAAGUUACAACAUAGUUUGUUCAAUACGGUGCGUUACAGUCUUCCACCAACAUGGACGUACGAUCAUAACGUGUGUCUAUGUCCACGCGCUUUUCCAAAUGCCACUUUGCCAGUAUUACAGAAUGGUCAUAAAGAUUCCAGGGCAAUAUGUUUCUCCCAGCAGUAUGCUACAUGUACAGAUAACAUUCAACUUCCAGGAGAAAAGAAAACAUGCACGAUAAGAAACAAAAGAUCUAUUAAAAGGCAUAGAAGAAAUAUAGAAAGGUUGCUCGCUCUCUCAUUGUUAAGUAAGAAUUCAAAUAGCCGUGUCCGCAAGAGUACUACCAAUUCUCAUCUCACUGAAGAACAAGCAUACAAGGAAUGUCUUGACGUAUUCAAAUCAAAGCCUACAUACAACAUGAUAAGUGAUUUACCUAACAUAGCAUUGAAUGACUCCUUGUCAGCAUGUGUCAAUGAUAUGAUGGUUGACGGUCGAGAUUUCUGGAAGGAAGAAAGUUAUAACAGUUGGGUUAGUGUUGUGGCUCAUGAAAUCAGUCGUAACGGAACGUUCAGAAAAGACAAGUCAGAGGUUGUCAGAAAUUUUAGCAGUGUCACAUGUCCAUCGCAAUGUAACGGUAAUGGGAACUGUAUCAAUGGAACAUGUGUAUGCAACGACGAUUACGUUGGCGAUUCUUGUUUUGUUAAGAAAUCAGCACUUCUAGAACUUACCGAUAUAGAAGGUGGAGGUGAAUGCGAUCUUGCUGACGGGGAUGAUUGUCAUGAUUGUCUACAGUUUCACACCGAGAACCUCUUGAAAGGGUUCAAGUGCAGGAUUGAUACGGUCGAUCUUGAUGUAAACGGAACAAUUAUCUAUUCUGAUAAACAUGAUCGUAACGGGGAAUAUGAGAGCGUAUUUGACGGAUACUGUUGUCCCUCGGCUGUAGAGCGAAGAAGGAAGAAAAGAGAUGUCACAGCUAAUACGUUUACUGUUAGAUACUCUGUAUCUGUUAGCAACGAUGGAAUACACUACGGGCCAAGUAGACAUGUUCAUGUCUUUGAUUCGACAUGUCAGUCAUUUGUCGUGAUGCCAACAGGCGACCUGCUUUUCAGUUUGAAGAAAGACACAUGUUAUAUAGAUAGUCAGUGUUACAGGGACAGUGACCGAAGUCUUCCAAAUCAAGACCUCGUCUGUUGUCCAUCAGUUUCUAGCUACCAGUGGACAGAUCAACAUGACUGCGUACCUCCAACCAGCAAUCAGGACGGCGGUGAAAGUAGCAAACUUGAAAUUGUAGCUGUGUCUGUAUCAGUGUCAGGAAUAUUGAUUGUUGCCUGUGUAGUGGUAUUUGCCAUUUGGACCUACAAAAGUAAAAAGCGGUUCGUUUGA